AUGACAUUUCAAUUUAUUCUAUUUGUCAUGCACGUCGUUUCUUACAUUGCUAUUGUUUGUAGUGCUUUUAUUGUGAGUAUAAUUGCAUUACCAAUUAAUUGUCCUAGUUCAUCAGCUGAAUGGUGUCAAACUAAAGAAAUUGCUGCUGCUUGUGGAGUCACAAAACAAUGUACAUCAUUUGUAUGGAAGAAUAUAGAUAAUGAUCGUGUUAAUUUUACAAUUUAUUAUGAAACACUUUGUGCCGAUUGUCGUCAAUUUAUUAUUACACAAGUAUGGUUUGCAUAUCAAGCUAUAGCGGACAUAGUUAAUCUUACUUUUAUCCCUUAUGGUAAUGCUCAUGAAGUUUAUCGACCUGAAACACAACUUUAUCAAUUUUAUUGUCAACAUGGUGUUGAUGAAUGUUAUGGAAAUCUUAUUCACACAUGUGUUAUUGCUUUCUAUCCAGAUACUCGACAACAUAUGCCUUUUAUUUAUUGUAUGGAUUCUACAUUUGGUGAUAUCGAAACUGUAGCAAGACAAUGUGCAAAAAAUGCAAGUAUUGAUUUUGACAAAGUUGCAAAUUGUACAAAUAGUCCAAUGGGAAAUCAAUUACAACAUGUAUAUGCUGUUCAAACUGAAAAUACAAAACCGGCACAAGCUUCUGUACCUUUUGUAACGCUUAAUGGAAAUGGCACAGACGAGAUUCAAGAUAUGGCUCAAACCAAUCUUAUUCGUCUUUUAUGUGAAACAUACAAGGGCCCCAAUCCACCUGCUCGAUGUAAAAAAACAUUAUAA